AUGGCGGAGACUGAAGUCAAGUCCAAUUCUUGUGCGGAUGACCUCGAGAAACAUGUAAUGAAGGUUUUUGAGGAGGUCACCAAAGACUGUGAGGACAAGGAAUUAAAUGAGAUAUUUGACAUGAUUAGGACCUAUGAUGACCUUAACGAGUAUGCAAUUUUGGUGUUCGAUUGUAUGGUAAAUGGGAAGCUUGUUGAGGAAGCUAGAGAGCUCUUUAAGCCUCGCUCUAUGUCUGCGUCGACUGCUGUACUGCCUGAUGUGGCCAUCUACACCCUUAUCAUCUGGGCCUGCAUCUCUGCCGGCAAGAUCAUGGCUGCUCACAAGGUCUACCGGCACAUGAUAGCCAACGGUGUCCCCCCCACCUCCUGCACUUACAUUACACUCAUCAACACACUUGCAAAUAACUCAUCUUCUUAUGUCAGUUUUGUUGGGUAUGCCAAGAAGUAUUUUUUGGAAAUGUUGGAUAAGGGGAUGAAGCCUUAUCACACCUCCUACAUGGCCGUGUUCAAAGCCAUUGCUUGUCGUGAGUCGAUGGAGAAGGUCAGGGAGUUCUCUCAGCAGAUACAAGCAAGGGGGUUCAUCCCUCAGCCCAAUGUUCCUUGUUUUGGAGAAGCCAACCUCACAGAAGCAAUCAAUGCAAUGAAGUUGCUUGAUGAUCUCGUCAACAAGACCACUGACAAGGAGAUGCAGAAAGUCUUCUGCAGUUGGCACCCCACCCACCUCAAGAAAGAGGCGGCGAAGAUGUUUUCUGCUUUGAUAGCGGAUGGCAAUGUAAGCCUGUUCAGGGAGCUCUAUGAGCAAAAUUCUGAGACGGACUACCUCAAGGCUGGCAAGACUAAGGGUGCUCUGGAGGCGUACAGGGGCAUGCUAGCUUCUGGGGUUGCCCCAAACUCCUAUACUUGCCGAGUUUUAAUCAAGGGACUCGCUGCUGACCCCCACUUUGUUGUAGAUGCCAAGAAGUGCUUGCUUGAGAUGAUGGACAAGGGAAUGAGGCCCAAUGCUGCUACCUACACUACAAUCAUAGGAGGGUUUGCAAGGCAAGAGGACAAGGAAGCCGAGGAGGAAGGUAAACAGUUGGUGGAGGUCAUGAUGGGUAAGGGGUUUGAGCCAAAUGUAAAGGUUAUGAUGGAGGUUUUAAAGGGAAGACCAAAAGGUAUUAUAAGAAGGGUCAUCAACAUUGUUCUUUCCAAGUUGAAGGGCUGA